AUGAACUUGGAGUUUCUUGGUAAAAUCCCUUGGUUUAAUGCUCAAUUGAACACGAAAUUGGUGACUAAUUCAGUUCCUACCGAAGCUUUCACCAAAGGAGAAUCUGGCAAUGAACCCAAACUACCCUUCCUUUCAUUGUUUCCUUGGGGAAAGAUUGCUGGAGACAAAUUUCAAAGGCCAUCUACUAUCAAUAAAGGGUUAAAGAGGCAAGCACAACGUGGCAAGAAUGGUGACGGAGAAGAUGGUGAGGCUAUCCCUUUGCACUUCCGGCCAUAUGUGUGUAAGGUUCCAUGGCAUACAGGGGUCAGAGCAUUUCUUUCUCAGCUGUUUCCCAGAUAUGGACAUUACUGUGGACCAAACUGGUCAAGUGGGAAAGAUGGAGGAUCUCUUGUUUGGGACAGGAGACCGAUUGAUUGGUUGGAUUUCUGCUGUUACUGCCAUGAUAUAGGGUAUGAUACUCAUGAUCAAGCUAAGAUGCUGAAGGCUGACUUAGCCUUUCUAGAGUGUUUGGAAAAGCAGCGUGGGAGUACUAAAGGAGAUCCUCAUGUUGCUCAUCUCUACAAGACAAUGUCUGAGAAAUUUUCUGAUACCAUACAGAAGGAAUAUAGUGAAUCUACACCAUUUUGGGCAACCUUUGAUUCAGUUUGGGUGGCUAAGCAAUUUGAGAUGGAAAAGUUGGAACUUUCAGAAAACUCAUGGAUUGAGCUCAGUUGCGGGGAGUAG